AUGGGGAACGACCAAUCCCAUUCUGCACCACAUGAUGGCCCCCCAGAGGUCCUCAAGGCGAGGGACUUGCCCUCUAUUGCCAAGUAUAUGAAGUCUACAGAAUGCCGCAAGGUUUUCGUCAUGCUAGGAGCAGGGGUGAGCACGGCAGCGGGUAUUCCUGACUUCCGUUCUCCAGGCACUGGCUUAUAUUCCAACCUUCAACGGCUCAACCUCCCGUAUCCUGAGGCCGUCUUCGAGAUUAACUACUUCCGCCAGAACCCCGUCCCGUUUUAUACCCUCGCCCGAGAGCUGUAUCCAGGCCAGUUUCGGCCGACGCUCACGCAUACCUUCGUAAAGCUCCUCGCGGAUCAUCGCCUCCUGGAUACCUGCUUCACACAGAACAUCGACACCCUAGAGCGCCAAGCCGGUGUUCCCGGCGACCGGAUAGUCGAGGCCCACGGGAGUUUCGCAUCCCAACACUGCGUCGACUGCAAAGCGUCAUUCGACGGCGCCGCAAUGAAGAGGGGCGUCGAAACCGGGGACAUCGUCAAAUGCAGCGACUGUGGCGGCUUCGUCAAGCCCGACAUAGUAUUCUUCGGCGAAUCGCUGCCUCCGGUCUUCCACCAGAAGGUGCCGCGGCUGCGCAGCGCCGAUCUGCUCAUCGUGAUCGGCACCUCGCUCACCGUGCACCCGUUCGCGUCGCUCACGAGCCUCGUGCCCGAGGGCUGCCCGCGCGUACUCAUCAACAUGGACCCCGCGGGCGACUUCGGCGGGCGCGCGGACGACGUCACCCUGCUCGGGCGAUGCGACGAGAUCGUCCGCGACCUCUGCAGGGAGCUGGGCUGGGAGGAGGAGCUCGAUCGCGAGUGGGGCAAGACGGAG